CCAAAAUAAAAAUAGUUUCAUAUCACAAUUCAAACAUAAGUAACUUUAUUCCCCAUAUAAAUUGAAUAUACAAAGUAUAUAAAAUUAAUUUAUCACAUACAUAUUAUUAUUCAUCUUCAUCAAAAUUUUUGGUCAUGUCCCUUGCAGACAUGUCGAAUCUCCCUCAUCCACCUGAUUUCCUCUCUUCUCCCGCUCUCACUCUCUCUCUUGCGGGUAUUUUCCGGGAGGAGGGCGGCGGAGGGGGGCGGAGGGAGGAGGCGGUGGAGAUGAGCAGCGAGAACUCGGGGGCGGCGGCGGGGAAGUCGAGGUCGGACGACGACUGCGAAUUGUUGCCGGAAAAUGGGGACGAGGUGUUGGAGGAUGAUGAUGAGAACAACGACGGCGACCGGAAAAAUAAGAGGAAGAAGUAUCACCGGCAUACCACCGAACAAAUUAGAGAGAUGGAAGCACUGUUUAAAGAGUCUCCUCACCCGGAUGAGAAGCAAAGGCUACAGCUGAGCAAGCAAUUGGGGCUUCACCCGAGGCAGGUUAAAUUCUGGUUUCAAAAUCGUCGGACCCAAAUCAAGAAUGAUAAUAUCAUGGGCUUAACAAAUAUGCAGGCAAUACAAGAACGCCAUGAAAACUCUCUACUGAAGAGUGAAAUCGAUAAACUCCGAGACCAAAAUAAGGCGUUGAGGGACGCCGUGAAAAACUCAUCUUGUCCCAACUGUGGAUUCGGCUCUUCUACCAACGACGCCGUUUCAAGCACCCAUGACCAAAAACUCAGAAUUGAAAAUGCUAGACUCAAAGCUGAGGUCGAAAAACUCACGUCCAUUAUCGGUAAACACCCUCCUCCAACAUCACAAACAGGCUCCUCAUGCCAUUCAUCAAAUGAUCAAGAAAACAAGAGCCCCUUAGAUUUCUGCAUGGGAAAUUUCGGCCUUGAGAAAUCACACAUAAUGGAUGCCAUUGAUCGAGCAACAGACGAGCUGCACAAAAUGGCUACUCAAGGAGAGCCAUUGUGGAUUCGAAGCUUCGAAACGGGCCGCGAAAUUCUAAACUAUGAUGAGUACGUGAAAGAAAUUUGUGGCGAUAAUCGCGAUAUUAUGCAGCAGACAAAGAAAUUAUCUAUAGAGGCUUCAAGAGAGAGCAGAGCCAUCUUUGUUGAUCUGCCAUGGCUGGUUCAGAGCUUUAUGGACGUGAAUCAGUGGAAAGAGCUGUUUCCUGGCAUGUUAGCGAAGGCAGCUAUUGUGGAUGUUAUUUGCAGUGGAGAAGGUGCCAACAAAAAUGGUGCAGUUCACUUGAUGUUUGCAGAGAUGCAAAUGCUGACUCCAAUGGUGGCCACAAGAGAAGUGUAUUUCAUUCGACACUGCAAACAACUGAGCCCCAAUCAGUGGGCAAUUGUAGAGGUAUCGAUUGACAAAAUCGAGGAUAAAAUCGAUGCUUCUCUAAUGAAAUGCAGAAAGAGGCCAUCUGGAUGUAUCAUUGAGGACAAAUCCAACGGCCAUUGUAAGGUGACUUGGGUAGAGCACUUGGAAUGCCAGAAAACCAUGGUUCAUUCUCUGUAUCGAACAGUAGUGAACAGUGGCUUAGCAUACAGCGCAAAGCGCUGGAUCUCAACCCUGCAGCAGCAGUGUGAGAGGCUCGUGUUCCUUGUCGCUACUAAUGUUCCCACAAGGGAUUCAAGUGGAGUUGCUACACUUGCUGGGAGAAAAAGCAUUUUGAAAUUGGCGCAAAGAAUGACCUGGAAUUUUUGCCGAGCACUGGGAGACUCGAGCUACAACUCAUGGAACAAGAUCACUACCAAAACUGGAGAUGACAUAAGACUAACUUCCAGAAAAAACAUAAGUGACACUGGAGUACCUCUUGGCACAAUCUUGUGUGCAGUUUCUUGUGUGUGGCUGCCUGUUUCCCCACAUGCCUUAUUCGACUUCCUGCGAGACGAAAGUCGAAGAAAUGAGGCCAUGAAAACCAAUGAACAUAACACAUGGAUACUCCAAGAUAAUUCCACAAACGCGUACGAAGCAACAGUUGUGUACGCACCUGUGGAUGCAAACGGGAUGCAAUCUGUGAUGACAGGCUGUGACUCUAGCAACAUAGCAGUUCUACCAUCAGGUUUCUCUAUCCUUCCUGAUGGGAUUGAAUCCCGGCCGUUCGUGAUCACUUCAAAGCCAGAUGAAAAGGGCUCGGAAGGAGGAUCUUUGCUUACCAUUGCAUUUCAAAUGCUCAUAGGAGACUCGACGAAUGCAAAGCUUUCAAUUGACUCUGUGGAUGUGGUCAACACGCUCAUAUCUUGCACGUUGCAGAACAUAAAGAGAAGUCUGCAAUGUGAAGACUGAUUUGCAGUCUGUUUUGCUGUUCACUAUAUAAAAAUAGGAUUAAAUGAUAGUGGUAUUGGACAUAUAUGAAUGUGAUAUAUUUUUGCUUUUCAUAACUAAAUAGCUAGGAAGAGGGUAGAUGACAAACCACUAGUUCUCGGUUUUGUUAGUAUUUUGGCAUGCAGAUAUAUUACAGCAUUAGGCCAAGCAUACUGUUGAAUUCUACAAUUUGAUGCAAAUUUAUGAUAUUUUUUGGGAAAAAUGAAAAACUAUUCUGAUGUUAGAUUUUGGAGAGAACUCAUGGACUCGGUAACUGAAGCUUGUGAGUAAAUAGUAAUUGAUUGGAACUCACUUAACACUGCAGAGGGGGUGGCAAUAUGUCAAUUCUCA